AUGAUCUUUCAGAAUAAACAUCAAGACACUGCAACCCUCGCCUGCAGAAUCCGCAACUGGACGCGUACAAUUGAAGAGGUGCAGUCUAAAGAUAAGUUGAUCCAUUCCAAUCACCGGGAUAAGCAGGCUGAAGAUCUUUCCUGGAUCCCUCCACCUCAACACUGGGUUGCUGUCAACACAGACGGGUCGGUCAAGCAACCGCACUCUCAAGCUGCGUCGGGCGGUAUCAUCCGCGAUCACCUCGGCAGAUGUCUGGGCGGGUUCUAUGCAAACCUUGGGGCAUGUACGAUCACAAGGGCAGAACUUAAAGGUGCCCUCCAAGGUUUGCAAUUAGCUUGGCGUCUGGCUUCAGGAAGAUUCAGUUGA